CGUUGAGGGAUUGGCCUUCGACAAAUGGCUCGAACGAAGCAAGCUACCAAGGCCACAACGGCGCGUGAAAAGCGGAGCUUGGUUGACGAGCCGCCGAAGCAAGAAGAAACUGCAAAGAAGCAUAAGAAUGCCAAUGUGACCAAUUCUCCAUUGAGCGCUCUGCUCCAGGGGAUGUCGAUGGAGACUUUCGACAGCGAGUAUUUUGAAAAGAAACCUCUGCACAUCAAGGACAUCUACCCGUGCUCCGGUCUGUUUUCCCGAAGUUCUCUGUUGAAUAUCAUUGCAAACGAGUCUCUCCGCCACAACGACGACCUCACCGUCACCGUGUACAAGGACGGCGUGCGGCAGAACUUCGAGCCUCCAGAAGACGAUGACCAUGACGGCGUCGCCACGUCUGAGCAAGUGGACAAGCUCAUGACUUCUGGAUACAGCGUCCAAUUCUACCAGCCUCAGCGAUAUCAGAAGAACAUCUGCAACAUCAACGCUGCAUUGGAGGCCCACUACGGGUGCCUAGCAGGGGCGAGCGCUUACCUGACGCCUCCUCACGCUCAAGCGUUAGCGCCGCAUCAUGACGAUGUCGACGUAUUCAUCUUGCAAACGGAAGGCUCGAAGCACUGGAAGCUCUACGAACCGCUGGUUGAACUGGCUGGCGAGCAUAGCAACGAUUUGGAUCCAUCGAUGCUGAAAGACCCGAUCAUGGAACUGACGCUGGAGGAAGGCGACAUGCUGUACUUUCCCCGUGGUGUUGUCCACCAAGCGUCAACCUCGGGCUCGUUCUCUACCCAUGUCACGAUCUCCAUUUAUCAUCACAACUCGUGGGCCAACUUUAUGGAAGUCGCGCUGCCGCAGGUUCUGCGGCGCGCGUUCGAAAAGGACGUGGAAUUCCGCAAAGGCCUUCCGCCAAAUUACCUCGGGUUCAUGGGAUCCCAGUUCAAGCCAUCGACUGCGAAUGCAGCAGCCUUCACCAAGCAUUUCCACGAAUUGGCGACCAAAAUGAUUGAGCACGUGAACGAAACUGAUCUCCACGCGGCCGCGGACGUUGCCGCGCUGGAUUUUGUCAAACACCGGUUGCCGCCUGCCCACAGCGCCAUUCGAAAGUGCCACCUCAAGGACACGUUAAGCCUCCACUUGCGUCAUAAACGUUUCUGCCGCAUUGUCCUUCAAGAUGACACGGUCACGCUCUUCCACGCCGUGAAUAAUUGCCGGAAGCACCACAUGGGCCGAUGCACGUGUGAUGAAAAUGAAGAAGACGACGAGAGCGAUGACGACGACGCAGACCUGCCUCCCAUCGCAAACGGCAUCACUUUCCCCCUAGAGUGUGCCCCCGUGCUGCUGCAUCUGUACUCGGCUGGCGAAACGUCGAUCGCCAACAUGCUCGAGCGACAUGUUGCGGAUGAGGAUUCCAUCCGAGCGGUUAUCUUCCGACUCAUUGCGGAAGACAUGGUAGAACGCUCAAAGUAAAAGCAACCUUUCGAGAGUGGCUGUACCUUGGGUGUUUGUAUUCGGCUUGCAAGAUGCGCAUGGAUGGUUGAGAUGGAAUACAGAGCCAAGUGCGUUCAUGUCUCGGCGGCGGGCGUUGUCGCUGGAGGGUCAAGCGGCUGUG